AUGAAUUUGGUUAAUAACUUUAGUAAACUGUUUCCAAGAUGUCUCACGACUGGGUUAUAUUUAUGGUCAUUAUAUGCAAUUGUGGUUUGUAUACACGUCAUUAGGGCAAGAGUGGUACUUCCAUUGGUUUUCACGAUUGCAAUGGUUGCUUUGUAUACUUAUGCAAAGCUCAUAUAUGUUGGACCUGGUACGACAAAGGAGUAUUCGAUAUUGAGAGUAUAUGACUUGAACGCAGCAGAGAGUGGAUUUGAGUUACCACCAGAAAUGCUGGUGAAAAGAAGUUAUACACAAAAGAGAAAUGGUAGAUUUAGGGUUUGUAAGAGCUGUAGUAGUUGGAAACCGGAUAGAUGCCAUCACUGUUCAACUUGUAAUGUAUGUGUUCUAAAAAUGGAUCACCAUUGUCCGUGGUUUGCGGGAUGCGUUGGUUAUAGAAAUCAAAAGUUUUUUAUCCAAUUCUUGAUAUAUUGUACUGUUUACAGUAUAUUAGUGCUGAUAUUAAGUUCUAUGGAAAUUUAUACAUGGUUUAAAGGAGAGUUCUUUGAGGUAGAACUCAUAAACUUUACUUUACUAUCUCUAUGGUUACUGGCUCUUGUUGUUUCGAUAUCUAUAACAAUAUUCACAGUAUUCAGUAUUAGUCAAGUGUGCCAAAAUCAGACCACAAUUGAAUUAUACAGUUUGAGGAGAUACAACGAAGAGGUCGCAUUUUUAAAUGAAUUUUCUAAUGAACCGAUAAAGGGAACAAUCAAUAUAUUUGAUCUUGGGAAGAAGCUGAUAAACUGGGAAGAAGUUAUGGGGUAUUCUCUCAUUGAGUGGGCCUUGCCAAUUUCACGGAGACCUUCUUCACUCGAUCUUGAGGGAUCUCAUAGUCAUGGAUUGUUCUUCAAUGUCAAUAAAAACGUUAGUAAAACUAUGAAUGAGAGUGUAGAUUUGCAGGAUAGGUUACUCCGUCGACUGACUCCGAGAUCUUCGCUUGAUGUAGAUAGAUCAAAUUUUGUCUAA